AUGACACUACAAGUUUGCAAAGACGAUCCUUGGCUCAAACCAUUCGAGGAGGAACUCCUUCGACGACAAGCCCUAGUGGGCCAGUGGAAGGACCAUUUUGCCAAGGAGGGAGGUCUUGCUGAGUUUGCAGCCUCCUAUAAACGAUACGGACUCCAUGUCAACAAGGACAACUCGGUCACCUACAGAGAGUGGGCUCCAGGAGCCUCCGAAGCAGUUCUAACCGGCGACUUCAACGGCUGGGACAGACAACAGUACCACAUGACCAGAGACGAGUAUGGACUGUGGAGCGUGACUGUGCCUCCUACCUCAGAUGGUCAGGUGGCAAUCCCCCAUAACUCCAAGGUCAAGCUUGCUCUGAAGACCUCCAACGGUCAAUGGGUCGAUCGACUGCCUGCCUGGUCCACCUACGUCGUCCAGGACCUGUCCAAAUCGCCCAUCUAUGAGGCUGUGUUCUGGAACCCUCCCGAGUCGGAAAAGUACCAGUGGAAGAACAAAUCUCCCCCCACUCCUGCCAACGCCCAAAUCUACGAAGCCCACGUGGGUAUCUCCUCCAGCGAACCUCGAGUCGGCACUUACAAGGAGUUUACAAAGAACAUUCUCCCUCGAAUCCACAAACUGGGCUACAACGUGAUCCAGCUCAUGGCCAUCAUGGAACACGCCUACUACGCCUCCUUUGGCUACCAGGUCACCUCCUUCUACGCUAUUUCGUCCCGAUAUGGUACUCCAGAGGACCUCAAGGAGCUCAUUGACACCGCUCACGGUAUGGGUAUUACUGUUCUUCUGGAUGUUGUGCACUCUCAUGCUUGCAAAAACGUCGAUGACGGUCUCAACAACUUUGAUGGAACUGACCACCAGUACUUCCAUGGUGGAGCAAAGGGAGACCAUCCUCAGUGGGACUCAAAGCUGUUUGAUUACGGAAAGUACGAGGUUCUUCGGUUCUUGCUGUCCAACCUGCGGUUCUAUAUUGAGGAGUACCACUUUGACGGCUUCCGGUUUGACGGAGUCACCUCUAUGCUCUACAAGCAUCAUGGUCUCGGUACCGGCUUCUCCGGUGGCUACCAUGAGUACUUUGGAGACGAACAUGUUGAUCAGCAGGCCGUUGUUUAUCUCAUGUUGGCUCACGAGCUCAUGAGGGAGCUGCAACCUCUUCUUCGACCCGGAGAAGAUGCAGGCAACUUCCUCUCCAUCGCCGAAGAUGUGUCUGGAAUGCCUGCUCUCUGUAGACCUGUUUCUGAGGGAGGUGUUGGCUUUGACUACCGUCUGGCCAUGGCUAUUCCCGACAUGUGGAUCAAGCUCGUCAAGGAGACCCGAGACGAGGACUGGGACAUGGGCAACAUUGUUUUUACUUUGACCAACCGUCGUCAUCGAGAAAAGACCAUUGCUUAUGCUGAGUCUCAUGAUCAGGCUCUGGUUGGAGACAAAACUCUGGCCUUCUGGCUCAUGGAUAAGGAAAUGUACACCUCCAUGUCUGUUCUUUCCGACCCCAACCCCAUCAUUGACCGAGGAAUCGCUCUCCACAAGAUGAUUCGACUCAUCACCCAUUCUCUUGGAGGAGAAGGAUACCUCAACUUUGAGGGUAACGAGUUUGGACACCCUGAGUGGCUGGACUUCCCUCGAGAGGGCAAUGGCUCCUCUUUCCACUACUGUCGACGACAGUGGCCUGUGGUGGAUGACAAGCUGUUGAGAUACCAGCAUCUUAAUGAAUUCGAUGCCGCCAUGCAGCACCGAGGAGACCACUACGGCUGGCUGUCGGCCGACCAGGCUUACGUGUCGUUGAAGAACGAGGACGACAAGGUGGUUGUGUAUGAGCGAGCUGGUCUGGUGUUUGUCUUCAACUUCCACCCCAACAAGUCGUUCACUGACUACAGAAUCGGUGUGGACCAGCCUGGAACAUACACCCUUGUGUUGGAUUCUGAUUCUCCCGAGUUUGGAGGUUUUGGCCGAAUCGACCACGAAAAGACCCGAUGCCAUACCGAGCCUCUGGAGUGGAACGGACGGGCUAACUGUAUGCAUAUCUACAUUCCUUCUCGAGUGGCUCUGGUGUUUGCCCGGGAGGAUGACCCUAGACGAAAGUAA